AUGUCUCGUCGUUGCUCAACUCUUCCAAAAGUCUUCUUACCCAACGUUCUUAAGUGGUUGACGUUUUACGGAUCAGUCGCCUCAGUCCCUGCGCGCUCAACGUCGAAAUCCGUUCGCAAAAUUGAAUCUGCCCUGGUGGGAACCAACAAGAGAGUCGAAAAGAGAGAAAGAGAGAAAGAGAGAGAAAGAGAAAGAGAAAGAGAUUGUGAGACUGGUGACCCGGGUGCAAUGUCGUAUCACCGUGGGGGCCAGGCGGGCGCCGUAGCAGUCUCGUACAGUACCAGUCCAAUGGCGCCGCAUUCUCCUAGCAGACGAUGUUCCAGCGGUAAUAGCGGCAAUACCAGUUCCGCUAUCGGCAACUCCGCCUCCAAGCUGAGCUCCUACCGAUCUACUGCUUCUUCGUCGAUCUUAGAUCGACCGACGAACUUCUACUCGUCCUCGUCGGCAUCAGGCAGCUCGGGCUUUCGUUCGAACUAUACGACCGAGUACAGGCGAUCCUAUUGCCCGUCAGGCAGGUCAGUUUCGUCGUCGACGUACAGCAGCACGGGCAGCAGCAGCGGCGGCGGCGGCGGCGGCGGCGGCGGCGGCGGUGGUGGUGGUGGCGCGACCACGAAUGUGACGGCAAACGGCACCAGCUGCAUCAGAUUCGGCUUGUCUACGUCGUCGUCCUCGUCGAGCAUCUCUGUCGGCGGCGGCGGCGGCGGCGGUUCGUCCAGGGACAGAGCGCUGCCAGAGUCCUCGUCCAGGCUAGAAAUAGCGGCAGAUCUGAUCAGGUACUCGCCGUCCGGUUACAUACCGAAUAUUCGUCAAACGAGCAGCACCGGCAGCGGCAACACCAGUGGAGCUCAUCAUCAUCACCAUCAUCAUCAUCCUCAUCAUCAUCAGUGGAAGCAUCACUCGGCCGGUUCGUCAUUGACGGAGUUAUUCGGUGGCGACGAUCGUGACGUAGCCGUCGAACGCAGUACCGGCAGAGAUCAUCGUCCGGAGUCGUCGCUUUCCUCGUCCUCCUCGUCGUCUUCCUGCGCCGUCAGCGGUGCACUCUGGUCCAGGUCGAAGAGAAGGCCACUGUCCAGCAGCACGGUGCUCAGCAGCGGGCAUGCACGCGCGGACAGUGCCGCGUCGCCUGGCGAGGUAACGAUCGACGAGCGCGGCACAAUCCGCGGCCUAGACGAGGACGACGAUGACGACGACGACGACGACAAAGACGACAAGGACGACAAUAACACCGACGACGAUCAACAUAACAACAACAGCAGUAAUGGGAAUAACAGCAGCGGCGCGGAAGACGCUCGUGAUCCCGGACAAUACGGGAUAAAUAAUAACGAUCGCGGUCACGAACGCGACCACAACAAACCCGACGACCACAACAAACCCGACGACCACGACGACGAUGACGAAGACGGCGACGACGAUGACGAGGACGGUAAGGACGAUGACGACGAGGACGACGAAGACAAGCUGAACAACCGGCAUCAUCGGCAACAACAGCAGCAACGCGGUGCUGCCCAUCGAACCGACGAGGUUUCACCAGCUAAGCGUAACCUCUUGUCGCCUAUGCUCGGUGGCGGUGCUGGUUUGAUCGGUGUUAAGCUCGACUUGCUCACUAACCUAGCCACUAAUCCGAGUAACGGCGAACUGCUGAUUAACAACAACGCUCAGAAGAUUAUCCAAGGGGUCGAAGAAGAGAAGGAGGAGGAGGACGUCGAGAUCGAGGACGAGGCAGCGAAAGGCGGCGGUGAGGUAAUACAUCACGGCAUCAACGACACCGUCACGUCCAUCGACGUGAUUGCCUUCCUCCGUGGUGGCCGCACCGGGGACCCAGAGAGCCUCGACGACGGCGAGGAGCAACGAAACGCGUCCAGUUCGUCGUACGGUAUCGAUCAGGCCGGGUUCGUAGGCGGCAGCACGCCGCCCAUCUUGCAAAACGGCGUGGCGGGAAGACCGUCUGGUACCUAUGGAGACGACCCAUCCGUGCCUUCUACCUCCAGGAGACCGGAUAGUCACUUCUCGGGGACGACCGCGAACACUGCCAGUAAUCUGACCUCCUCGUCGCCCACUGCACCGUCCACGGCUCACCAAAGUCUCUACCGCGGCGUCGCCGACCAGUUUUGUUUCAUGAACAGUGUGAUCCAAUGUUUGAGCAAUACGAGACCGUUGCUGGAAUAUCUGCUGAACGAGCAGUACUUGGCGGAUAUAAACACCAGCACAAGCAGUAUGAAAGGAGCCCUAAUCAAGGCGUUCAGCCAGGUGAUUCACGAGCUGUGGGAGGUGGGCGGUGACCUCGUGGUUAAUACGACGGCGCUCAAGUCCCAGAUACAAAGAUUCGCACCGCGUUUCAUGGGGUACAGCCAACAAGAUGCUCAAGAGUUUCUCAGAUAUUUGCUGGAAGGUCUGCACGAAGACGUGAACAGGGUGACGGUGAAACCCCAGCCGAUACACACGGAUAUCCCUGAAAUGUACACUGACAGUCAGAAGGCAGUCGAGAGCUGGAAACGUUAUCUGCGCAGCGAGGAUAGUAUGGUAGUGGAUGUGUUCGUGGGUCAAUUACGUUCGUCGUUGCAUUGCACCUCCUGCGACCACGUGUCGGUCACGUUGGACCCUUUCUGGGAUCUGAGCUUGCCAAUACCGGCCAGAAGUGGUACAGUAAAGUUGAGCCAAUGUUUGGAACACUUCACGCGAGAAGAGGUGCUUGACGGUGACGAGAAGCCGACCUGUUCCAAGUGUCAGAUGAGGAGGAAGUGCACGAAAAGCUUCAGCAUACAGAAGUUUCCAAAAAUUCUUGUUAUUCAUUUAAAACGUUUCUCACCGAUGGAACGAUUCCGCAGCAAACUAAACGUGAUGGUAGAUUUUCCAUUGACAGGUUUGGAUCUCAGUGCCUUUGCCGCGCCCAGAGUUCCCGGUUGUACGUACAAUUUGUACGGUGUCGCGAAUCACUCGGGCACAACGCAUUCUGGUCAUUACACGGCGUAUUGUAAGCACCCAUACUCGGGGGAGUGGCAUGAGUAUAACGAUAGUCGGGUAUCCGUCGUUCCAGCGCGAUCGGUCGUUUCCAACGAAGCCUAUGUACUGUUCUACGAACAGCAGCCUCACAGCUCUCACUUGUAACCUUACGCCAUGCCUAGAGUAUAAAAAAAAAGAAGGAAAAAAAAGAAAGAAAAAACGACCAUCUUGCCUCUCAAUACCUCAGUCCAGCAUAUAGUAUAAAAAAGAAGAAAAAAAGGAGAAAACAAAAAGAAUUAAUGAUAAAUGAAAACUAUACUUUAUCGCGUGGUAUUGAAAAGCGACUAAACACUGAACGAUGAGAAACGCUAAGGUCGUUUAUCGAGCAUAAAAAACCGAUCGUGUGUAUAUUGUGUGACACUUGGCGAUAAUCAUGCUCCAGUGCAGCCAAAAUUCUGUUUUUCUUCGUUGUUAGAUGUAACCCCAACUCGUGUCCCGAUCAAUUUUACUUCGGCUUUUUCUAGAAAUUAGAUGCUUUGGUGCGUUUCUUCAAAUACAAAAUCGCGAAUAAUUCUCUGGAAGUUAAUAAGAAGACGCUAUGAGCGAACAUUCUCGGAAAUUGAAGUUACAAGCAGAAAGUCCUACAAGGAUUCUCAAAUCAUCGUCUUCUCUUUCAAAUCUUCAUCGCUUCUCCUUUUCUUACACAUUUUUUUCUUCCUACUCUCCUCUGUAUAGUUUAUUCUUUUUUUUUGUACGAAACGAAUGAUCAUUGUUUGAAGAACCAGAUUUGCCAGACAGCUUUAAGAUAAAUAUAAAUAGACAAAUAUUUGGUAUUUGAAGAAAAACGAAGAGAAAAAAUGACUUCGCCAAAGAUCACGUAUACGGAAUAAAAAAAACAGCGCUUCGGAUGUCUAGUUACUUUUGAAUAGACGAUAUAGUAAAAAAAAAAAAAUAUACAUUUAUCCUCAUUCUUCACUGAAUACCUGGCAAUCUACAGCUAUUUACUUUUGUAAAAUAUUUUGUUUAAUAAUAUCACACAGUCAAGAGCUAUUUAUUUAAUUUAUGGAAAGAAAAAACUGAUAAAAUAUUAAUAUAUUCGAUAUUGACGAAUAUAAUAUAUGUAUAUAUAUAUUAUAUAUAUAUAUAUAUAUU